UGGUUUUCUGCAAAGUGCAACAUGACUCUGUUGAUUUGAGCUUUUCAGGGUGACGCUGUCAGAGUGUGACCAGGUCAGAUCAUCAGUGCAGGGACGGUGUGAUCUGAGCCGCAUGAUGCAUGCCAUGCAGUGCUCAUGUCCAAUGCACAGCACUGAGCUGCACACACAGGGGACGUGCAGCUUGUUGUCACCGCGUUCAAACACAGUGACGUGCGGCAGAGGCUGGCUGCACAAAGACAGACUGUGACUGUGGCUGCGAGCUAACAAAGAGACUUCAAAUACACACUUCAGGUUUUCAGCUGCACCAGGCUGUCUAGUUCUUCACUGUCUCAAAUGCAGUCCCUGCCCAUGGAAGUGGGAAGCAGCAGCUCGGCCCCCGGCGACACAUCUGGCUCGGUGGUGCAGGUGUGCUUCCCCAGUGCUCAGACCUCGGUGCUGGACAGCCUGAACCGGCAGAGAGAAGACGGCAGGCUCUGCGACCUCUCCAUCCACGUCCAGGGACAUGUGUUCAAAGCCCACCGCUGCGUCCUGGCUGCCUCCUCACCUUACUUCCAUGACCAGGUACUACUGAAGAACAUGUCGACAGUGUCCAUCCCGGCGGUAAUGGACCCGCUGGCGUUUGAGAGCGUGCUGAGCUGCGCCUACACCGGUCAGCUCCAGAUGCUGCGCGAGGACAUCGUUAACUACCUCACAGUGGGCAGCGUCCUGCAGAUGUGGCACAUCGUGGACAAAUGCACCGAGCUGCUGAAGGAGGGCCGGGCGGGAGGAGGGAGGGGUGGAGGAGGAGGAGGAGGAGGGGGAGGAGGAGGAGGAGGAGGAGGAGGCGGCGUCAUGCAGGAAGGAGCCAGUGUCGGAGGAGGUGGAGGGACAGCAAACCUCGGGUGCAGCAGCAGCAACGGUGACGGCGGUACAGGUGUUGGCAAUGGAGCUGGUGGUGAUGGCGGCGUGGGUGGUGGUCAAGCACAGGUCGUAGGGUCCAACGAACCCCAGCGGGCCUCCCAUCCUCCCAGCCGGCCCUCAGUGAGUGAGAGCCAGUCUCCCAGCAGCACCAACUACUUCAGCCCCAGGGACGGGAGCAGUUUUGGAGGAAGCGGUGCGGCCGCCGCUGGGGCCUCAGUGGACGGAGGCGGAGCCAGCAACACCCCCAGCUACUGCACCCCGUCGGGAGGAGAGGAAGCCUUCCUGAUUGAGGAAGAGGAGGAGGAAGUAGAGGAAGAAGAAGAGGAGGUGCUGUACCAUCAGAGGAAGAGAGGAAGAGGAGGGGGCAGCGGGAGGAGGAAGAAAAUGAGCUCAGUGUCAGAGCAGGAAGUCGGCGUCAGCGACAGCUUUGGCGUGUCGUCCUACCAGGAUGGCGAUGACUCAGCGUUGCCACCACAGAAGCGUCCAACCUACAGCCAGCCCAGCAUCAUGCCUCGUAAACAGUGGGUGGUUGUGAAAACUGAACGUAUGGAGGACGAUGACCUCAUAGUGGUGUCCGGAGAGGAGGGAGGAGACGACGAGGAGGACGAGGAUGAAAGGGAGAUGGAGCUGGCCAGAGAGAGGGAGAGAAGCGACUUCAACAUCUCCAACGUUAGGAGCCUUUCAGCCGAGCUGGCCGGCAGAGCGGAGAACGACAUGGACUCACAGGGCGACUACUGCCAGUCUUCAGAAGACUACCUCAAGUUCGAAGGCAGUUUAAUGGACCAGACUUUAGCUCAGCACCUUCAUGAAAGUGCAGCAGGUCAAAGCCAGAGCGCUAACCGUGCAGUUUCAGCGCUGCUGGGCCAGGUUCAGUCUGCAGCUACAGCCCGGGCCCAGCUCUUCCCCCUGGACAUGCAGGGAAACCAGAUCCUCCUUUACAGCCAGGCCUCCGGACUCUCUCUGGACGCUGGCGCCCCUCCUCUGGGGAUGGCAGGCGGUAUGAUUGGUGGAACUUCCUACAAAGGUCCCACCCUGGAGCACGGUGCGGUCCACCUGUCGGUGCAGGGCGGUUUGGGGGUUGAUGGGAUGGACGGCGGGGGGAUUGGAGGUGGAGGUGGGAGUGGUGGCAGUAACGGUAACAGCGGGGGAUCAGGGAAAGUGUUUAUGUGCCACUGCGGCAAGACCUUCACUCACAAGAGCAUGAGGGACCGCCACAUUAACAUGCACCUGGACCUGAGGCCCUUCCACUGCCCCGUCUGUGCCAAGAAGUUCAAGAUGAAGCAUCACCUCACAGAGCACAUGAAGACGCACACAGGCCUCAAGCCGUACGACUGCCUCGGCUGCGGCAAGAAGUUCAUGUGGCGCGACAGCUUCAUGAGGCACCGCUCGCACUGCGAGAGGCGCAGCGGGCUGGGAGAGGGCGGAGAAGGCGGGAAUAGUGGUGAGGGAGGGAGACGAGGAGGAGGUGGAGGUGAGGACGGGCCAGAUUUGAUUUCCUCCCCUCACCUCCUCCUGUCUGGUGGUGAGGGAGGACAGGGCGGUAUUCUGGGAGGAGGAGGAGGAGGAGGAGGAAGAGGGGGCAUGUCUGUUUCUUCUCCACAUCUUUCUGGCUCCGUCCUGUCGCCGCAGCACAGCAGCGUCUCAGCGACAGGAAGCAGCAGCAGUAACAACAGUUUGAAUAACGGCAGCGGCGCCGCGCUGAGCAACAACAUGGCUGCGGCAGCAGGCGUGCUGCUAGGGGUCGUCUCUCAGAGUCCAGGUCAAGGUCAGGGAUCAGGGAUGUUUGGCGGUCUGGGGCUGGGUCGAAGCGUGUGUGAUGAAGACGUGUGUGAAGUCAGUGCCAAUGAUAGUAGCGUGACUUAAACCAAAACUGUGUUAUGUCCAACGGGUGCCUCUUUCUCAGUCAUGCUUCUCGUUCCUGCUGCUGUUUUUUUACAUUAUAGUAAACGUGGAAGAAGCUCGGUGCUCUUCCGGAACACGUCUAACUGCCAACACUCAGCACUUCAAGCAGGAAGCACGGACACGGAAAAGGUGAGGCUCCCGUUGGACAGACAACCUGAAGAACCUGUAAGUGUCGAUAGAAAAAUGGGACUUGGAGAAUCCAGUCGACUGUUGUGCCGUGAAGUUUCUGAAACAGACUUGUGGUCGUGCUGAUGCCAUCUUAAGUUAUCCUCAAUUCUCGUACCGCAAAGACUUCAAGGAAACUUGCCUCCGAAAAAGUGGCCUCAUUAAAAAUGGACCUUUUGUCUCAGUGAGUAAGCUAUCGUUUUAAAUAUCCCAGAUGUUACUAAAGUUUAUUUUUUUGGUUUUGUGGAAGAAUGCUGUGCGUGCCGAGAGGAAACCAAAAAUGAAAAGACAGUGCUUCACUAACUGUUACCUUCUGUGACAACAUUAUAGUAUCAGUAGAGUAGAAAAAUGGCUGUUCUAAAUUGCUGUGAUUUUCUGCAGUAUUGUAUUGUAACGUAUCAUAUGAUUUCACUUUAAGAGAAGAAACACAAAUGUGCAAAAACGAACAAGCUGAAGAUGCACAUUGUGUUUUUGUUUCUUACAGCAGCAGCGGUUCAUUUUCCUCUCAUGUACCAGACUAACUGUCAGCACUGCCAUGUUGUUUUAGAUGAUACCACGCUGCCGCUUUGCAUUCUGGAUUAGAGUCAAAGGCACAAUCAUUUAUCCUCAUCGCAGCAGAAACCCUGACAGAGCCCACGAGCUCCAGCUCUUUUCCGAUCUGGUCCAGACGUACUUAAACAAGCUCUCCGUUGCUUUUGUUUUUGCUGCCGUUACCUGCUUUCACUUUCUUGUUGUUCACAGAGUUCUUGUGCUUUGAGAAGUAUAUUAUCACUGUAAAUAUAGAGAGAUAUAUAUAUUAAUGUCGUUUACUCAUCAGACCUGGAACAAAUACUAACUGAUGCGUUCGCUGCUGUCCGGUCUGCUUUGAAGGAGUUCAUGAAGCAGUAAAGAAAGUAUUUUGAAAGUUUUCUGCACCGAGUUUCCCAGAACUCAUCUUAACCUACAGAGCGCCUCUUCGACGAUGUUCACGUCAAUGAAGAGUAUGAAAGCAGUGACAGGCGGUGGUCUGAUCUAAGCUAUACAGUGUAUAGUGUGUUUACAAGCGUACCUCCUCAGAACGGUUGACCAAGUAGAUUUCACUCAAGUUUUGAACCCACGUGAAAAGAAAACCUCCGUUUUUUUUUCAGUAGCCGUUGCACAUGAAUAAGUCAAAUAUUAUUUUUAUGAAUGUUCUGUUAUGAAGAGUGCUACACAUUUCAUUUUCUUGGGUUUCAAAUAUUUUCUACUGGUAGUUUUUCUUCCUGCAAUAAUUUUAAAAGAAUCGUUGAGUCACACACGUCCUGACCUCGCGAGCGUUUGGAAAUGCUGAUGGAUGUUCUCUCCAUCAACGAGGGAAGUUAUCAGCAGUGGUUUUGGUCCUGGAUGUGAAUGUGGCAGCAGUCCAGGUACCUUGGGUUCAAUAAGCUGAAGAUUGUUUUGGUUCAGUUCUCUCACAUGUUCCACGUUGAAGAUUUCAAGAAUAGUGAAACCAGGUCAGAAAUGUUGCCUGAACAAAACUUUAAUUAAUAUUCAGCCAACUUGUCAAACAUCCUGAACACAUCCGUUUUGAGUAACAGUGGUAGUUUCUAUUAAAAAUAAUUGAUUAGCUGAUGAACAAAUAUUAAUUGCUGAUUGUAACCCCCUCGCCUCACCCUCUCCUUCCUAGGGCGAAGGAGAAACUGUGGAGGCCUUGAAAAGUGUUAAACCCACAAAAGAUCCUCUCUGUUGUAGAAGCAGGGCAGUUCAUCGUGAUGAUGGAUGGUCUGUGUGCACACACACCUGAGAUAAUGUCCUGGAUUAACGCUCUGACUUUAACCUAAACUGAACCAAACUAAGGAAAGAAGAUUUCACAAAGAACACUGCUCGUUAAUUUAGACGUGUUCUAAACAAAUAAUCUGACCUUCUUCAUAAUAAUAAUUGGAAGCCUGGUAAUAGUAGCUAUGUUUUUACCAUGCGCUGGGGAAAGGCUGAACUGCAGAUAGAAUGAGUUAUUUGUUGGAUCGGAGGAAGUUCAUCAUCGUUUACUCACAAUUACAGAAAAAUGAAGUUGCCUCAUGGAAACACAGGUCGGUUUGUUUACGUUGAACCUCACUGUACACGAGUACCAUGCUCUCUUCUGAAUACACUCUAUGUCUGUAUCUGAACUGUUGUAGUUAGACAGUAACAUCAAUACUGUGUGAUGCAUUUAGGGACCACGCUGAACAUGUACCAGUACAACUACUGAUAAGACACACACUGAUCACAGCAGGAAUACGUUCUGUUCGUGAAGGAGGUCGUUUUUGAAAGUGGGACGUUGCCAAAUGGGUUCAGGUGGUUUACUCAUUCAACACUAAUAUUUCUGUUUGUUAUCACAAAGUGUGUACAUGAUUCAAAACUAAUGUGUGUGUGUGUAUAGAAGUAAAGUAUAUUUGUACCGUAUUGGGACACCUUAAACACGGAUCAGGUUUAACCACCAUUAGUGCACCUUGUUCUUAUUUUUCUUUGGUGGCCACGAUACAACAUGAUACAUUCCAAUAUGUCUUUAUAUAGAAAGUCACAGACUUGUUAGAAGAGAAGAAACACCUGUUCACCCCCGACUGUGUUUGUUAUUGUAGCUCUUAUUCUAACUAAUUGAACCAUUUCACAUUUAACAGGCUGCAGAUUCUCCAGUUAUUAGUUAUUAAUCGUAUCAUUUCUGAACUAUGUGCUUCACAUCUCAUUCAGCUGUAACCCGGAACAACAGCAAAUGUUCAGAGCAUGAUUUUCCAGAAAAGAGAAAAUUAUCCAAACAGCCUUUUUAAUAAAUCACAGAGGAGUGCUCCCCUUGUGGCCACAGUUGGUACUGUGAAUCAGAGAUGAUGACCAUGUAUUGUGUUUAUGAAGAUAUGUAGCUGUAUUAUUGUUUCACUCCUGUGUGUAACAUUAUUUAACCAAAUCAAACUGUGUAGAAAACUUCAUUCAGUGUGCCGGUGCAGCUACAGCACGGGGCGCUGGAAGAAAUAUUACACGUGACCUCUUCAAACGUUUUGCAUGCCUUCAGA